AUGCCAUCUAGUUCUACCGCUAGUACUUCGUCUGAUCACGCAUUGUACAAUGUGUUGCCAGCUGAAAUAAUAAGUAUUCAAGAUCUUCAUACGCAGCUUGCUAAAAUUGAUAUUCUGCCAUGGACGGUGAAUGAUAUUGAUUCAGAUAAUGAAACCUUCAAAUUAGAAUUUUACGAUGGAGCCCAUGGCAUUGCAAAAUUCACAGUUAUAGUCAAAGCAGGACUAUAUUUCACUGUCUUUGUUUAUCAUUAUUGGCCUAUCCCUGAUGACCAUCAUUAUAUUUACACUCAGGACAAGAGAUUACUCAAUAGUAUAGAAUGCGUUAAGGGACUUCUUAACUCAAUUGAGAAUUCCAACCUUUGUAAUGGAGUGCCAAAAGAAUUUGAUUCUGUUGCUGUGGAUCCUACAUGGGAUGAAAAGUUAGUGAACUAUUCAAACUCCACAGUUAUUCGCCAUUCAACUCCAAGAUUGUUAAGUGAAGACCACUUUCAGUCCACGAUAACCCUUCGAAAUCCUGACUGUCAAGUUAUUAUGGACGAUGCUAAGCCUGAAAAGGAACUGUGCAAUCCAUGCUCCCUUACCACCAAGAAUUUGAAGAAAGCAGUCUCAAGAAAGAGGAAAGUAUCCACAGCUCCAGCAAAACCUAAAGCCCCCCUUUCAGCUUGUGGAUCGGCGAAAUUGAUUGCAACUGUUAAAGCAUCAAGACUAGCAUGCAAGCAACUGGAAGAUCGAUUGGAACAGCUCGAAGCCCAUAUUAAGAAACAUGGAGUGGGUGUUAGUGAUUCUUUGGAAAAGGAUAUUCUAAAGAUAAUGGGCGGGCAGAAUUUGGAAGCCACACCCCACUUGAAGUUUUUCUGGGAGCAGCAAAUGAAGCUCUUGCAAUCAGAGAAAAUGGGACGGAGAUAUCACCCCCAAAUAAUUCGUUUUGCUUUGUCUUUGCAUGGAAAGUCACCAGCUGCAUAUAAUGAAUUAAGAGACAGUGGAGCUCUUAUUCUCCCAAGAGAACGAGUACUCAGGGACUAUAAAAACUAUUUUAAACCAAAGGCUGGUAUAAAUAUAGACAAUAUUGAAUCCCUAAGAGAAAAAGCUUCAUCAUUAUCACAAGUUCAACGGUAUGUGGUAAUAGUGAUCGAUGAAAUGAAAAUCCAAUCGAAUCUUGUUUUUGACAAGUACUCAGGUGACCUGAUCGGAUUUGUGGAUCUCGGAGAUCCAGUGACAAAUUAUGCUAGUCUGGGCGAGGAAGAUGUCAUGGCAACUCAUGCACUAGCAUUCUUGGUAAGAGGAAUGUGCAGUGACUUCAAGCAUGUCAUUGCAUAUUAUUUUACCGAGAAUAUAACCUCCUACCAGUUGAUGUCAAUCUUCUGGAAAGUGGUUGGUGUGCUUGAGUUGUCGUUAAAGCUUCCAGUAUGUGCAACCGUCAACGAUGGAGCUUCACCUAACCGCAAGUUCUUCGACCUGCAUUUCCAGUUGGUACGCGACCUCAAUUGUGAUGUGGUACAUAAGGUUCCAAACCUUUUUGCUGUACAACGGUUUAUCUACUUCUUCGCUGAUUCCUGCCAUUUGAUCAAGACUGCCCGCAAUUGCUUGUACAACUCUGGCUCGGGAUCCUGCAGUCGUCUUAUGUGGAACAAUGGCAAUUACUUGAUGUUCAGGCACAUUGCAGACCUAUUCUACAGUGAUCAAGAGUUUGCUCUGCAUACUUUACCAAAGUUAUCACUGGACCACAUUGUUCUUACUUCAUACAGUAAAAUGAAGGUAUGUUUAUGUAACUUUAUUUUAGGAAGUUCUAAAAAACCAAGGUUGGAUAUUUGUUCACCUGACAAGGGGGAUGCAAAUUUCCCAGGGGAUGGUCUGUUCGCCACCAUUAGGGGCUUCAGUAUGAUUGAGAAUAUUUAG